UUCUCUCUUUCUGUAUCUCUAAGCUAUUUAGCCCAAAAUUCAAACCCUAGCUUGCUCAUUUGGAUCACGAGUAGUCUCCUUGACGAUUCAGUGCUCCGCUUCUUAUUUCUACUCGAUUCCUCGAGAAUGUGCUGAUUUAGUUAGUUAAAAAGGGUUUUUAGAUCGGGGAAAAUGGAGGAAGGAGGAUAUGCGUUUGAGGUUAACAAUGUGCGACCGACGGCGACUGAGUUUGGGACUUCGGCGAGGACUUCUUCGCCGCAGCUUCCUUCAUUGACUAAGUCGUCUUCCUUCCGUGAAGGAGGAGGAAGUAGGGGGUUAUCACGACGGAGGUCAAUGAAGCCGAGUAUUGACGCGGAUAACGAGUUCAUUACCUUACUCCAUGGCUCAGAUCCGGUUAAAGUCGAGCUCAAUAGGCUUGAGAAUGAAGUCAGAGAUAAAGAUCGGGAGUUAUCUGAAUCCCAAGCUGAGAUCAAGGCAUUGAGGUUGUCUGAACGGCAAAGAGAGAAGGCUGUUGAAGAGCUUACCGAAGAGUUGGGAAAGAUGUCGGAGAAGCUCAAACUAACUGAAAACCUUCUCGAGAGUAAAAACCUUGAAAUCAGGAAAAUUAAUGAAGAAAAAAAGGCUUCCAUGGCAGCUCAAUUUGCUGCAGAAGCCACUCUUAGAAGGGUCCAUGCUGCUCAAAAGGAUGAUGAUAUGCCUCCAAUUGAAGCUAUUCUUGCCCCUUUGGAGGCUGAACUCAAGUUAGCGAGACAUGAGAUUGUUAAACUUCAAGACGACAACAGAGCAUUGGACCGUCUAACUAAAUCAAAGGAAGCAGCUUUGCUGGAUGCUGAAAGAACUGUUCAGACUGCUCUUGCGAAGGCUUCAAUGGUUGAUGAUCUCCAAAAUAAAAACCAAGAGUUAAUGAAACAGAUAGAAAUUUGUCAGGAAGAGAACAGAAUUCUGGACAGAUUGCACAGACAGAAGGUUGCAGAAGUUGAAAAGUUUACCCAGACUGUGCGAGAGCUAGAAGAAGCUGUUCUUGCUGGUGGUGCAGCCGCGAAUGCAGUGAGAGAUUACCAGAGGAAAUUCCAAGAAAUGAAUGAAGAGAGAAGAAUCCUUGAUCGGGAACUGGCACGUGCAAAGGUAAGUGCAAGCAGGGUGGCAACUGUAGUGGCAAAUGAGUGGAAAGAUGGUAGCGACAAGGUGAUGCCUGUGAAGCAAUGGCUCGAAGAACGAAGAUUUCUGCAGGGAGAAAUGCAACAACUACGUGACAAACUUGCCAUAGCUGAUCGAGCUGCAAAAUCUGAAGCUCAGCUGAAGGAGAAAUUUCAACUGCGGCUUAGAGUCUUAGAAGAGAGCUUAAGAGGGCCUUCAAGCAGUGGCAACCGAGCCACACCGGAUGGAAGAAGUAUUAGCAACGGGCCUUCUCGGAGACAAUCCCUUGGCGGAGCUGAUAUAAUUCCAAAACUGACCUCAAAUGGAUUCUUCUCCAAGAGAACACCGAGUUCUCAGUUUAGAUCUUUGAAUGCGAGUGCAAGUACAGUAUUGAAGCAUGCCAAAGGAACAUCAAGGUCAUUCGACGGAGGCAGCAGAUCUUUAGAUAGGAGUAAACCGCUGAUAAACGAACCGGUGUCGAAGUUUCCAAUGAACCACCAAUCUUCUGAAGGAACCAGCGAAGGCGAGUCACCUAAUUCAUCAAAACAAGGAGAUUCAGAGAAGCCGGCAGGAACAAAUAGUGAUAGUGUCCCAGGAGUCUUACAUGAUUUGCUUCAAAAGGAGGUGAUAACAUUAAGAAAAGCUGCUAACGAUAAAGAUCAAAGCCUAAGAGAUAAGGACGAAGCUAUAGAGAUGUUGGCGAGGAAGGUUGAAACGCUAACAAAGGCGAUGGAGGUGGAGGCAAAGAAGAUGAGAAGAGAAGUAGCUGCAAUGGAGAAAGAAGUUUCAGCCAUGCGUGUGGAUAAUAAAGGAUCGGAUAAUAGAACGAGACGUCUCUCUACUACCAACUCAAAAGGAUCUUCAACAACUGCACAUUUGCUUUCUGGAAGAGGCUCAGGGAGAAUGGGGAUGACAAGGAGCACCCAGUGAUCGAAGAAGUAACCAGAACACACAAAAAAAAAGGCGAAUCCCACGAGCAAAAUUUCAGUCCAAGCAGUGCUCAAUGUAUUGAAGGAUGAUAUAUAAAAAAAAAGCUUACAGAUGUAGAACUUC